AAACAUCACAUCCAACUGACAGCUAGUGAUGUCAACAUCAUCGGACGUGUAAAAAAAUAAAAUUCCUUCACCUUAUUUCUGCUAAAUGGAUAAUACAAAUUUGUAAAUUUAAAUAAAAACAAUCAAAAUUUAAAUAAUUUAUAAAAUGCCUAGUAUCGACGACCGAGUCGUUGAGAAACUAAACAACGAAAUUGGUAAAGAUUUCAAGAAGUUAUAUCGUGCUUCUUGUCUAGUAGACACAUAUAAACAACGUUACAAGGAAAUAGAAGACAAGUUAAAUUAUGACGAUGAAAAUAAUACCUCAAGCAUUCGAUCAGCCCUCCAAGGCGGCGAAGAAGCUUGUAAAAGUAUUGACUUUCAAAUGGAAAAGUUAAAUCGUUUCGAAGAGAAAUUAGCUGCGAAAAUUCAUGAAUCAAAUCGAAUCCUCAGCGGGGUUAAACCGCACCUCGAAAAGGUGCGACAACUCCAAAGAUUGGUUGAGUAUUUAAAUGUUGUUAGAGACAUUCAAGAUAUAAGCACUUCUUUAACGUCUGCUAUAAAUGGAAGAGAUGAAACAAAAAUGGUCAACUUAUACUUGUCUCUGAGUGGAGCACAUGAUUCUAGCAAUUGUGUAAUUGGUAGAUUAGAUGCUGUCGAGGCUCCAUUCUUACAAUCUUUUGCUGUGCGGACAGCUGUCCAUUGGCAUGGACUUUUGAAAGAGAAAUUUUCAAAUGAAUUUGAAACGCUGCUAAAGAAUAUCAGGUGGGCCAAUCAAGGACAGGAUAUGCUCAAAUUCUCUCCUUCCAAAGAUAACCUCGCCAAGUUAACAUUGAUUGCUGAGUAUUUAUUUUUGCUUAAAUCACCAAAUGAAGAAUCGGAACCAUUACAAAUGAUUACACCAAGUAUACUUCUCCAACCAAUUAGCACUGUCACCAAACUCCUCCUUAAGCAAUAUAGGACACGAUUCCUCUUCCACUUCACUGGCACAAAACAAACAAAUCGCUUGGACAAACCCGAGUGGUAUUUCACACAAAUACUCAAUUGGAUCAAAGAUACACAUUUAUUUGUCGGCAGAAGUUUCCAACCGGCUGUUGUCAAGGCUGGCCGAGUGGAUUUUAAUAUUCGACUUGAAUUCAUCCGAGGCCUUGUCCAGCUAUCGAUUGAAAAACUCUCCUCCGACAUUGACGAAAUCUGCAAUGAUGAAAACCUCUUUGCUCAUCUUCUCGAUGAGACUUUAGCAUUCGAAGCAGAGCUUCGUGAGACUUUUGGUUAUCCAGCUAGUUUUCCCAGCGCCAUCACUGUCAUCACCCAACCAACAUAUCUUUUGAAAUGGAUCUCGUUAGAAGAGAGAUUCUGUGCAGAUAAAAUGGAUCAAAUUCUGCAAGGUUACGAUCCUUGGACACUUAUUGAUCCUGGCACAUAUGACGAAUUGAAAAUUCCCAAAUGUGCUGAUCAAUUCAUAAGACUCCUUGAAGCCAUUAAGGAUCGGUAUUAUUCUCUCAUUCAACCUGGUCAUCAGUUGCAAUUUCUUAAUCUCCAACUAGAAUUGAUUGAUAAUUUCCGAAGAAGAUUAGUUCAAUUGCAUAGUUGUGCAGUUGUUGAUAGUAUUCAAGUUUUAAAUGCAAUUAAUUAUAUUAAUUCAGUUCUUCGUGAAUGGGGAGAGAAUGUUCAUUAUUUACAUCUUCAUGCUGCUUUGGUUGGACCAAAUGCAAAUGAAAUCAAUUCAGUAUUUGAACAUCCUGUGGAAGAAUUAGAACAUUGGCAGCAAAAACUUGUCAAAAAUCUUGCAACGAAAGCUGUAAAUGAAAUUAAAGCAAAAUCAAUGCCAUAUCGUCAUGAUAAAUGGCAAUCAUUGUCAGAUAAUAUAUCAAGAGAGCCAUUUAUGUUGUCGACGAGUGCUGGGGAAAUGUUUCAGGUUAUGGUAACAACACUGCACAAUUUAGAAAAAGAAUUGUCCAGCAAUAUCUUCAAUCUUGCCCUGCGUUUAAUAGCCAAACAAAUGGAUGAUUACUUUCUUGAUAGUAUGGUUAUGAAUACGAAAUUCUCUUCGGCUGGAGCUGCCCAAUUCAAUUAUGACAUGACAAGAAAUUUAUUCGCUCUAUUUGGACAGUAUUCAAGGCGACCAGAUUUAUUAUUUAAAAAAGUUCAUGAUAUUUGUAAAUUAUUAACCAUUCCCCGAGGACCAGCGAUGCUUCUUCUCGAAACCUUAAAAGGAGAUGAUUAUCUUUUUGAGGAAAAACAAAAAGCAUUAAAAGAAAUGGGUGUUGUUCAUUUUAAUCCCAGUACUAGCCUUGAUGUUAUUGAAAGGAGAACGGAUAUAAAAUUGUUUUAAAGAAGAGAGAAGUCUAUUUAAGUGAAAUAAAAAGUUGAAAAAUAAUUAUGUAACGGAA